GUAGGUAGUUUAUACUCCCGCAUGGUUUUGUGACGAACGAAAUGUGUGUGCAUGUUUGUUAAGAUAUUAAAAAAAAAACAUAUUUAAAGUGUAACAAGCUGAGAGUUCUCUCCUUUGUACUAUGACGGUUCAUCGAACGCCCCAGUGUUUUGCAGUGGGGCGAUGACUAACAAAUACGGAUGGUUUUACUACAAAAGAUUCCGCAAGAGUACACUGAGUAGUAAACUGGUUUCGUCCUUGGGCACUAUGCAACCGGUGGUGGCGAAAAUUGACUUUCGCUUGUGUCUUACUUGUGUUAUGAUUUUUUCAUAUGCGAAAACUCCCACACGCCGGAAAGCGUCUGCAUUUAGUGAGAGUGUAAAAUAGAUACCCAAACCAAGCAAAAAAAAAAAGACAAUCUCCAAGGAAUCCCCAAAACGUCUCAGUAUCAGAAAAACACGAAAGUACAAAACCGUCGCUAGCAGAAACCGAUUCUCCACACGAUGAUCGACGCAGUUAUGACCGACAAUGCCUUCAAAGCGAAGGACAUUGGGCUCCGGGCGCAGAAGAAGAUCCUCUCGCGGAUGGCAAGCAAAAACGUCGCGAAGGUGUUCAUCGACGGCACGACCGCUUCGCUGCUGGACAAUGUCUACCGGUUGGUGAAGGUGCACACGGGCAGCAAAAAGGACGCCGAACGGCUAGUCAAAAACAUCAUCAAGAUCGUGAUCAAAAUCGCCGUCCUGCACCGGAACGGGCAGCUGAACGCGGACGAGCUGCGGCAGGCGGACCGCUUUCGGGCCAAAUUUCAGACGCUCCAGAUGGCGAUCCUGUCGUUCUACGAGGUCGACUACAGCUUCGAUCUGGGCUACCUGCAGAAAUCGCUCGCCGACUGCCGGAGUUUGCUGCGUGCGUGCGUCGUGCGCCACCUGACGGACAAAUCGCUCGGCCGCAUCGACGAGGUGUUCGACACGUUCGCCGAUUCCGCCCUGCUCGAGACGGCCUUCCGGCAGGACUCGCCGUACCGGGAGAUCAUGGAUAAGAUCGUGGUCGAUCUCAACAAGGCGAUGGAAAACGGCGACAUUUAAUGGCAGUAGUAGGAAGCACCCGUUUGCUCCCACCCUUCGGGCGGGCUAGAUUUCGACACACACACACACUCACAAAUGCACGAAAAAGCACAAGCGCCUCCAUUUUUACACCGCCACGUCCGGUGAACUGCUUGCCAUGCAUAACAGCACCAAGGGGCGGGAAAACACGAUGGACACACAUUUGUGCUUCGAGCUAAAACUGAUAUUUCAAAUCCAAAUCGCGAAUCAAGUCACUAUGGGGAAGAGAUAGAAAGAGGGAUGGAGCGAGAUGCUUCAUCGUUUCUGCUUUUAUUUAAUACAACGAUUGUGUUUAAGUUAUAUUUACUUAGGGCUAGAUAUAGUCGUUAAGAGCUACUAGUACUAUAGUAUAGACAGUACGGAGUGUUUAGCAAAUAAGGAAAGAAUGAUGUUACAAAGUCAGUGUGAAAACAGUGUCCAGCGCCGGUUGAUCGGUCCAUAUCAUCUCAAGAGAUUUUCCGAUGAUGCAUUUUUUGCCGAGCGAUCAAUAGCGUUUUCGUGUGCGUUUUUCCGUAUUCGAGUGUUAGACUUACAGGAUGCCACGGGAACUCCCCUGAUCUGCUCUUAUUCUCCAUCACGCCUCAUAAUGUACGGCACUAAUAGCGGUAGUUAUCAUUCUGCUUUCCGUGUACACCACAAGCAAACAAUCUAUCCAACUUUACACACGAACCAAUACGCUCCACACUCUCUCAAAACCGGACAGCCUAUGACAGUUAGAAAUACUGCACCGGAGUAUCACACUAAAUAAUGGACCAGUUUUGAAGCAAUCCUCCUCCCCGUAAGGCAGGCGGAACAACUCUUUACUCUUUAAUCUCACACCUUUCAACGGAAUUUGUUUUACGUUGUCAAGCAAGGCACCGAAGCAGAACGGUGUAAGGGAUAGGAUGUGAAACGGGAAGGAAACACAAAUUCACGUACAACUAGUAACACGACUCUAGAAACAGAAACAGCAACCAUGAGCAUAUUUCACAGAAUGCAGGAGAAUUUAGAUUCGGAAACGAAGAGCACACUUACGAGGCGAAUGGACAGUGCUGGACGACUUGUCCAUCGUGCCUCGUGAUCAUUUGUUAAGGAACAUUGUUUGAGAAUGAUCGCUUGAGAGAGUUUGUAUCAGAGGAUUGAUGUAGAUAGCGCAAGGAAGGCCAUCCUUUCUUGCGUUGUUUGGCGAUGUUGAAUGAGCAGUUUGUUGGUACUAAGUGAAAUAAAACCGAUGAUAUUUUGAAUGGGCACCUAGAGAAAU